UGAAUCGUGACAAUGGGGACAUAAAUUAAGUUAAUCUACCGCAUUUAAAAGCUAAAAUUACCAACGGGUUACAACACACUACUAUUGAUCCAUAACAUUGCCACAACGUCACAAUGACAGACUGGCAGCGUCACAAUUUUACAUGUUAAUCCUAACCCUCACACAAGCACACUUUACAUGUUCAUAAAGACAUUAUUUUAUACAUGUGAAGUGUUUUCCCCAUGAGGACUGUCCACACAAACUGUAGGUGAUGUGGGGAAACUUUAGGAGGAAAUACACAAAUUAGGGACUUUUGCAUUGUUAUUAUAUCCCUGUUUGAUCCUGUGGUUACCUGAUGACUAACUGCUGAUGUUUUGAAUUUUGUUCUUUGUAAAAACACAAUAAACACAUUCACAAUCAUUAUAUCAUAUUCAAAUCAAGCAACCUGAGAUUCGGCUUUAACAUAAUGAACUCACACAUACACGUGCCUGCAGGUCAUCAUCAGAGGAAAGAGUCAUUUGUUUAGAGGAAGAAACACAAUAAAGUCACACGCACACUUGAUUGAAGAACAGAUCCAGAAUGAAACAGACACGACUAGAGUAAGAGAAACUCUCCUGAUCUUUAUUAAAGCACACCUGUUCUUUACUCAGAAAUGGAGGGAAAUACAUCGAUCGCUCUUCUUCUCUCAGCUGUUUUCAGUGAAUGUGUUUCACGUCAGUAUCACUUUGUGAAUCAGAACUUGAGCUGGUCUGAAGCUCAGAGAUACUGCAGAGAGAAUUACACAGAUCUGGUCACCAUCAACAACAAGAACGACAUUGAAGAGCUGCUGAAGAGUGUGAAUGAUGAUCAGGUUCAGUUUGUCUGGAUCGGACUGCACAAGACAAACAUUAAGACGUGGAAGUGGUCUCUGGGUGACCCAGCGUUCUACACAGGAAGUGAUUCGCAGUAUCGUAACUGGGCAAAGGGACAACCAAAUGAAGAUGAAGACUGUAGUAAUAUGAAUACUGGAGGAUGGUGUGAUUAUAAUUGUACUCACAGCACACAACUCACAGGGUUCAUAUGUUACAAUGACAGCAGUAAAGGAUACAUCCCUGUUCAUCAGUCAGUGAUUUGGAGAAACGCUCAGAGUUUCUGUAGAGAUCAUCACACAGAUCUGGUCAGUGUGAGGAACCUGACUGAGAAUACACAGAUUGAGAAGAUCAGGACUGACGGAGGGAUGUCUGGAGUCUGGAUCGGUCUGUUCAGAGACUCAUGGGAAUGGUCCGAUGAGAGUGAAUCUUCAUUCAGAAACUGGAGAACAAGUGUUCCUGAUAAUGAAACCUGUUCAGUGCUUUGGGUCAAGACAGAACGUGGACGAUGGGAUGACAGGAACUGUGAUAUAAAGACUCCGUUUGUUUGUCAUGAAGAUGAACUGGUUUUGAUUAGAUUGAAUGUGAGUUGGAAUGAAGCUCUGAGAUACUGCAGAGAGAAUCAUGUGGAUCUGGUGUCGGUUCACUCAGAGCAGAUUCAGCAUCAGGUGACGGAAGUGGUUAAAGACGCCUCGACUGCAGCGGUGUGGAUGGGUCUCCGACACUCCUGCACUCUGGGCCUGUGGUUCUGGGUAAAUGGAGAGACCUUGUGUUAUCAGAACUGGGCUGCAGGUCACGGGACAGGACAGGAAGAUUGCGGUGAUGGACCGAGAGUUGGAGCAGUUCAGUCUGGAGGAGAUCAGCGAUGGAUCAGUCUUCCUCAAACUCACAAACUCAACUUCAUCUGCACCAACUCUCAAGACUGAAUCAUCAUCAUCAUCAUCAUCAUCAUCAUCAUCAUCAUCAUCAUCUCACCUGUCGACUCUGGAGCCACAAAAUUUCACCAUGUUUGAUUUCCAUUUAAAACUAAUUUUUCAUGAAAAACUUUAUUCAUUUGUAAAUGUAUCCAUUUAUUUCUGUUAUAUUUCUUUGUUCUUGAAGUCCUGAGAUGAAUCGUGCGGUUCAGAUGAUGGAUACAAACAUUUGAACUGUAAUUCAUUUGGAUUUUACUAUUUUACUUUGGAGGUAAUAUUUAGUGCCAAAAUGUAAACGUGACUCUCUGUUUAAUAAUGUUUGACAGAACGUCAGUGAUUGUUUUCUUGUGUUGUUUUGCCCAAUUAUAUACUUUAAAAUGUCUGUCGGUGACUUUAUUCAUAUUCCUUUAGAAAUGAGGCUUUAGUUGACUGUGACCCUCUUUAAAAUAAUGGGCUCAUAAACAGAUUCUCAUGUGCGUUUAAAUGUAUGUUCUUAAAAUCAAUAAAAA